AUGGACACCAUCAAUCCGUUCGUCUUUGGCAUCACCACGCCCAAGGUCUUUUUCGGCCCGGGCACGGUCAAGGAACUGAGUGGCGAGCUUCGGGCCCGGGGCCUCUCGAAGCCGCUCAUCAUCUGCUCGCCAUCGCGUGCGUCUCUCGCCCGAAGGAUUCGGAACGGCCUGAGCGAGGCAGGAUUCACCGACGUUGAGAUCCUCGACACGGCUAAAGUACACAACCCCAGCGACAUCAUCGGCCCUGCCGUGCGCCGUGCUGAGGAUCGGGAUGUGCUCGUCUCGGUCGGGGGCGGCAGUGCAGUCGGUCUGGGAAAAUCGGUUGCGCUUCGCACCGGGAUGCCGCAGGUGGCCAUCCCGACGACAUACUCCGGCUCGGAGAUGACGCCCAUCAUCGGGGAGACCAAGGACGGCAAGAAGACGUCGACGACCGACCCCAGGAUACUGCCCAAGGUUGUCAUCUACGAUGUCGAGCUGACCAUGGACCUGCCCGCCAAAGUGGCCGCCCCGAGCGGCAUCAACGCCAUGGCGCAUUCGUUUGAGGCGCUGUACUCGCGGCAGGCCAGCCCGCUGACGGACCACUUCGCUCUCGAGUCCAUCAGGGCCUUGUCGGGCGCCUUGCCCGCCAUCGUCUCCAAUCCCUCGUCGGUCGAGGCGCGCACGUCGGCCCUCUACGGCGCCUUUCUGGCCGGCAUGAUGGCGACGGCGACAGGGAUCGCGUUGCAGCACAAGCUGGCCCACGCGGCGGGCGGCACUCUGGGCCUUCCUCACGCCGAGACGCAUUCCAUCUUUCUCCCCCACAGCAUCGCGUACAACGCGCAGUCGUUCUCCGGGGACAUCAGGGCCAGGCUGUCUUCCGCCCUCGCGCAGAGCACCGAGGACUCGGCCGAAGGCAUUGUGGCUGGCCUCAACGAGCUGCUCCGCCUUCUGGAGAUACCCGUCGGGCUCAAGAACAUUGGGAUGCAAGAGGCGGACAUUGAUCGUGUCGCAGACAUCGCUUCGGAAACUCCGUAUUGGAACCCUCGGCCCCUUGAAAAGACCAAGAUCCGCGAAAUCAUCCGCAGAGCGUGGGCUGGAGAGCAAGCUAGAGCUGAUCUCUAA